CUUGAUCUUAUCCAUCCCUUCUUGAUACUUACCUGUGCUAUCUUCUUACUGCCCUCAGAAUCAUAACUAACUCAAUUACCCCCGAGACAACAUGCUUCCCCCAGCAUUAAACAUCCCCAAAUGGCUCGAAUCCAACUCCCACCUCCUCCAACCCCCCGUAAACAACCACUGCAUCUACCACCCGUCCUCCCCAACAACCCCCGGCUACACAGUAAUGAUAGUCGGCGGCCCGAACGCACGCACCGACUUCCACAUCAACCCAACCCCGGAAUUUUUUUACCAAUACCGGGGAUCCAUGCUUCUCAAAACCGUCGACACCUCGGCAUCAACCCCCGUCUUCCAGGACGUGCCUAUCCACGAGGGCUCGCUGUUCCUGCUGCCAGCGAACACGCCGCACUGUCCGGUGCGGUUUAAGGAUAGUGUGGGGGUUGUUGUGGAGAUGCCGAGGGGGGGCGAGGGGGUGAUGGAUGCCAUGCGGUGGUAUUGUGCUGGGGAGGGGUGUGGUGAGGUUGUGUGGGAGAAGAGGUUUGUGUGUGUGGAUUUGGGGACGCAGGUCAAGGAGGUAGUGGAGGAGUUUGGGGCGGAUGAGGGAAAGAGGACUUGUGGGGGGUGUGGGAGGGUGGCGAAGACGAGGUUUGAGGAGGGGGAGGUGGUGCAGCCACCACGGUUUCCGGAGUAG